CACAACACUGAUUCUGCAACCAAAAAAUUAAUCAAUUCUCAACCCAAAAGAAGAAGAAUAAUUAUGCACAAAACAAAAUUAUGACCUCAACUACUUCAAAUCAUUCUUGAAAAGCAACAAAAGAAGAGUACUAAUUGUCUAAUUCUUAAAAAAAUGUCUGCAGAGAGACACGGCAAUUCGCCAUCGGCAUCUCUCGAAGAAAACACCAUGUUCGUUGAUAUACUGCACGAGGCUCCAUUAUGUGGUCACCGUAAACGCAGGAGUGUUUUUGGAGCUGUUGUUUACUGUGUAAUACUGGCAGGUUAUGCUGUUUUAGGUGCAAUAGCUCCAAUUUUAAUUCAUCACAAGCUAGUCCCUUCGUUGCUGUCCAGUUGUGACGUUGCUCUGCUUAUAGUUACUGGUACUUUCCAACAAUAUUUUGUUUCUCAAGUCCAGAAAAUUCGUCUACAGGGCUAUUAUAGCUUCAGCCAGAAGUUAAAGCAUAUAGUUCGCUUGCCGUUUGCCAUUACUGCAUAUGGAACUGCAGCAAUGCUGCUUGUCAUGGUAUGGAAACCUCAAAUCAGAUUUCUUUCUAUUUCAGCAUUACUAAGGAUUAUUAUGUUGACUGAAGCAGUAUGUGCUAUAUCCUUUAUGAGCGUGUAUAUAGGUUAUUUGCACCAGUACAAUUCAUUGGACUCUCAGCCUGAUAUUUUGAAGUCAUUAUAUUCUCCACUCCAACCAUCAAGUUCCUUAGAAGGUUUGAGAUAUCAUGAUGGCGGCCGACUUUCUGAUCAACAAAUGGCUUUGCUUCAAUAUCAGCGUGAGAACCUUCAUUUUAUGAGUGAGGAGAUACUUCGCUUACAAGAGUGCUUAAGUAAAUAUGAGCGGUCUACUGACGGGAGCACACCGCAGGUCGACCUUGCCCAUAUGUUAGCUGCUCGUGAGCAAGAAUUACGAACAGUAUCUGCUGAGAUGAAUCAGUUACAGACUGAGCUUAGGCUUGCUCAAUCUUUGAUUGCCGAGAGGGACUCUGAGGUACAGCGAGUGCGCAAUACAAACAGUCAGUAUGUGGAAGAGAACGAAAGACUUAGAGCUAUUUUAGGGGAAUGGAGUACACGAGCAGCAAAGCUCGAGCGGGCACUGGCAGUUGAGCGGUUAUCAAAUCUUGAAUUGCAAAAGAAACUAUCGACAUCAAGGAGAAAUCAGUCCCGUGGCGAAUCACCUGAACAAAGAGAGUCGCAUCGUGCAGCUUAGUUUGCCUGGAAAUUUUCACACAUAGGAAAGAAAGCACUUAGAUUGCUACUGUUACAGUAUAUUAAUUUAUUUAUUUAUUUGUACAUAACAUUUCUUUUGUGAAUUAGGAGAGAUUCUUAUUGGUUUAUUUUAUGUCUCUCCCGAUA